UGCAAGCGGGAGGAGUGGAGCCCGAGGGCUAGUGAGUAAAGCAAGGCACGGCCCUGCAGUCCAGCUUGUGAAGAGCGUUCCGUGCAGUGUGUGCCCCUGAGCGAUCCCCUGACCGUGCCCUCUGGGCACAGCACAGUGCUCACAGCACUGUGAGCAUGCACAGCUGAGGACUGGCUGCCACACACUGCACCCACUGGAGACCCCAACACAGAGAAGAAGGUACCAUCUUGGGACACGCAUCAUGGGCAACUGCAUUCCAGUGAGCCCCAGCCUCGUGGAGAGCAAAAACUCCCUGGACCUGAUGGAGAUCAUGGGCAACCUCUCCUAUGAUGAUGGCAAUGAGACCUUCCCAGACUAUGAUGCUGCGCCCUGCCACAACCAGUACUGUCUCUUCUUCCAGCAUGUUGCCCCCCCCUUUCUGGCUGUCACCUGCGCUGUGGCUGCCCUGGGUGCUGGGGCACUGCUGGUAGCACUGACCAAGUGGCCCCAUGCCUGGGGUUGGCCCCAGAGCCGAGUGCUGGUGGCCCAGCUGGCAGUGGGGACAGGUCUCUUUGCUGCCCUACUGCCCCUGGUGGCAGUGGGCAUCAAGCAGGGCUGGCAGCUGGGCACGGGGUUGUGCAAGCUCACCCACCUGCUGUGGCACUGGAGCCUCUUUGCACAGGGGCUGCUGGUGGGCAGCAGCUUCUGCAGCACUGCCUGGUGCCGCUGGGACCCUCGGAACCAGCGCCUGGCUGUGGCCCUGUGGGCUGGAGCACUGCUUCUGGCAGUGCCAGCAGCUCUUGCCAGUGGCACAGUGGCGGCCCCAGAGACAAGCUGCAUCCGCCGGAGUGUGGACAUCCUCUCCCCAGCGUACCUGCUGCACCUGGCCCUCUGCGUCUGCCUCUUCAUGCUGCUGCCAGUGGUGCUGCUGCUGGCCACACUGGCCAUGCCACAGCUGAGGGUGGGCUGGGAGCCAGGCACUGGUGCAAGCUGCCUUUUCUUUGGGCUCUGGAUGCCUUAUGGGGUGGGGCUGGUUGUGGAUUUCCUUCUGCAUGCCCGGCUGCUGCAGCCCACCUGUGGCACCUUUGAGCACUUUGACUAUAUGCUGGGGCUGAGCGAGGGGCUGGGGGUGCUGCACUGCUGCCUGGGGCCUGCAGCACUGCUUGCUGUCCGGCUCUGUCACUGUCAGCCUAGCAUCAGUGGCAACUGCUGAGUUUUGGCACUGCAGCUGCUGGCCCCAUGCUGGCUGCUGGUGCCCAGCACUGUCCCCUCUCCCCUUAGUGUCCCCAUCAGACCCACAGCUUCUGCCCCACAGGCAACACUGCCCCAGUGUGGUCACCAGGCUUGGUGCCUCUCCUCCCUCUGUCCCCUUCCUUGGGGACUCAGCCUCACCAUUUUGGGCUAGACAACCUGAUUUGCUCACUGGAAAUAGCCCUGAGAUGCCUCAAACAUCUUCCCUUGGCUCCUGCACACCUGCAGGGGCCCCUGACACUCAGCCCCAGCCCCCCAACUCCAUGGGGAGAUUUCAGAAGGCAGACAGGGCAGUGACAAUGUGAAGCAACAAAGGAUUUUUCUCUCCUUCCUAACAAGCCAAGGUAUGCAUCACAGCAGAGAUCAACCAGUGGGAAUUAUACACAAUAUAUACAUUUGUCAGAGUCA